CGAAAUAUUUCUUUAAUUUUGACAAAAUUUGUUUCAUUGAAGAAGUGACGACAAUUAUUUCGUUACUUUGACGAGAUUUUUUCCUCCGAGCAAAAACCAGGAAAGAGUUUCGUCAAAAAAAAGUUUCGUGGAAUUUGAUUAUGCAUUUUUACAGUGCUAUCCAAUUACCAAUAGUAAUAAACAAUUCUCUUUUAUUUCUAGCUUGCUUUCAUGGGAGUAGCAUUGUCCUUACAAGAAGUGGUGAAAAAGAAAUGAAAGACUUACAGCUGGGUGAAGAGGUUGCUUCAGGGUUUCUGCCUGACGGAUCAUUUACAUACAGCCCAGUCAUUGCAUUUCUGCACAAAGACAAACACAUGGAGUCUUCUUUUAUUCAACUUACCACAGACUCUGAUGCAACUGUACUAAUAAGUGACAAACAUCUUAUUUUUCGGCGCACUGAUGACAAAGACUUUGAAGCAGUUCAUGCCAACAAAAUCAAGAUUGGAGAUCGCGUUUACACGAAAAUAGUUGGAAAAAUGGCAACUCUCUCUGUUGUCACAAGUCUGAAAUCUUUGGUUUUGGUUGGAGUUUACGCACCUUUAACAUUGGAUGGUACCAUUGUCGUCAAUAACAUUUUAGCAUCCUGUUACGCCGAGGCUGAAAGUCAUACGAAGAGUCACAUCGUAUUUUGGCCAAUGAGAGUACACUAUUAUUUUAAGAGUGCAAUUAAAAGUUUUGAUUGGCUUUGGAGCCAGCCAAUUAGUAUAGUGGAAAAUACAAAGCAUUUUGAAUUUGAAAGUAUUGAUGCCAACAAGGAAAACAUGUUAAAAUCGCAAGAAUUUCAAGGAAUUCAUUGGUAUGCUGAAAUGCUUACAUGGCUAGUUGGAUCAAAGUAAAUUAAGAUAUUAUAGCAAGUUUAGAGAUAGUUUGGAAACUGAUGAGAAAACUACGAAGAAAAAUUUUAAAUUUCUUGUAUUACUUCAAUAAAAUAUUUUCAUGUCAUCCAA